GGAGUGACGUGGACAUUGCAAAGUAUUGGUACAAAUAUACAAUAUGUUACUUAUGUAUAAUGUAUAUUAAACAUAAUAUUAUAUACUAUAAUUAUUAUCUGCAGGAUUCAGGCUCGCGGCUUUAGCAGCAGAACCAUUUAGUUGGUUAUCGAUCGCAUUUGUUGUGCCUACAAGCAUUAUUAAUUUAUUAUACCUCCACAUAUGUACUACAAUAAUCGUGUAAUUGUCGUUUGUUAUUAUGUCUGCCAAAAAAAUCGCGAUUGCCGUGUUUAUAGUGUCGUCUGUGAUCAUCAUCUUGACGCUUCCAACGCGGAGUUCGGGCGACGACACGCACCAGUUAUUUUACGCUAUCGCCGACGAGGACGAUAAUAUUAUUAGGAUUCGACACACGGAAGACGGUAGAGUCGUCGGUAAAGCUAGUUACACUCGGAGUAUAAACGCUACAGGGUGGGAUUAUUUAGAAAUAUUUACAUCUAUCAAAGAAGAUGACGUGAUGCAAGCCUAUGCCGCUGGUUUGUUGGAAGGAUACGUCACUGCCGACUUGAUAAACACGCAUUGGUAUAAUGUUUUUCAAAAUUUCUGUGACGGUCGAGUAUACUUGUGUGAAAAAUUGAACGAGUUCUUGUGGACUAAUAAAAAUUGGGUCAUGUCCCAAGUGACAGAGAAAAAUGGAUCGGACGCGUAUUGGCAUCAAGUUGGCCUCAUGUACAAGCAACUCGACGGGUUAUACGAUGGAUAUAAGUUGAAUACAAAAGAAGGAAUGCAGUCUUUGACAUGGGAAAAUUUUUUUUGGAUGAACAUUCAAGAAGAUUUAUUUAAUUUAUGCGAUGCCUUUAAUUCAUCGCACCCUCAUAAAAAACCACUGGGGGCUGAAUCGUGUUCAGUUCUUAUAAAAUUACUACCUGGAUCCAAAGAGUUGUUAUUCUCUCACGUUACUGGGAAUCGGUACGAAACAAUGCUGAGGAUACAAAAGCGAUAUCGUCUCAAUUACAAGGAAAGUAAAUCGUCGUACCAACUAGUGUUCGGACACGAUAUAACAUUUAGUUCGUAUCCUGGAUUCAUAUAUUCAAUGGACGAUUUUUACUUGAUUUCUUCGGGUUUAGCAGUCACCGAAACAACUAUUUCUGUUUACAAUCCAAAGUUAUGGGCCUAUGUUCAGCCAGUUGACCAGGUGAUGGUUUUCGUUCGGGCGAUGGUGGCUAAUCGGCUGGCUUCCGAUGGAUUAGCCUGGACGAAGUUGUUCAAGAAAUACAACAGUGGUACGUACAACAACCAGUGGCUGGUGAUCAAUUACUCGCUGUUUCGGCCAGGUCGCAAACUGCCUAGAAGAGGGCUGCUCUUCAUGCUCGAACAAAUUCCCGGACUGGUCGAGACGCGUGACGUGACCGAAUCGUUUCUGAACCAGACGUACUGGGCGAGCUACAACGUGCCAUUCUUACCUACGAUAUCCGAGGCGAGCGGUCAAGACGAUAUGGUGAAGCAAUACGGAAAUUGGUUUUCGUACAAAGACACUCCCCGGGCUCGUAUAUUGGCCAGGGACCAUGUUGGUGUGACGGACGUGCCGAGCAUGAUGCACCUGAUGCGUUCCAACGAUUUCAGAAACGAUCCAGAGUCCAGAUGUGAGUCUUGUGUUCCUCCGUAUUCGGCUGCAAACGCCAUUUCGUCCAGGGAUGAUUUAAAUGACAAGGACGGCGUGUACCCGUUUGAGGCACUUGGCUAUUCGAACAAGGGCGCCAUAGACGCCAAAGUAACGAGCCAUAUGACUUUCAAGAAGCUGAGAUUUUUGGCCGUCUCUGGACCGACUUGGGGUACCGGAGGACGUCUCGGAGAGUUCUGUUGGAGCAAAUCACGCUUUGCCAACGUCAGCCACAUCGGAUUACCUGACUGUUGGAGUUUCAAACCCAAGUUGCAUCGGUGGCAAUGGCAAAACUAGAGCUAAAAUAUUUCCCUACAGCAGCUUAGGAGAUAGUUAAGGUUAUUGCUAUCGACCACUAAUUCACACCAUCGAUUGAUGAAAAGCAGUUUUAAAUCUGUGAAUGAAUAAUUAUAUUUUAGGGGAAUAUGUGGUUUUUUAAGGAGUGGGUUCUGAGUCCAGUCACUCUAGUUUGCAUUUUAGAACAUCGUGAUUUAAGUAUUUAACUGUGUAAAACGGGAACCUAUAAUCUUGUAAAGGUGUGCGGUGUGUCCGAAAAAUAUUCUGGUAUUCUGCUGCAGGUAAUUUGAAGCCAGAGAGCAGAUGCUGUUUGAAUGUUUGAUCUACACAUGAGAAUUAUGUACAAUCGAAAAAUAUAUAUUUUAAGGAUAUAAAAUAUGAAGAAAAUGGUAUUAUUAAUUAACAGUAAUAUACCUAUA